AUGACCGCAGGAGACUUCCAGCCCGUCUUUACGACGACCAAUUCCCCCACAAAGUCUCGACCACCACCUAGUUUUCUCAAGGAUUCCUUUAAGCUAUCCACAAUCUUCGCCAUCGGUGCUCUCAUCCAGACAAUUGUAGUCUCGGUACUGCCUGCUCGUUACGCCCUGCUUCCGCUCGUCCUCCUCCUCGGCCGUUCAAUCAUCUCCACCAUCGUCCAAGCCAGGUCACUAAAGGACAAUGCCUUCACCCUCGACGUCGUACCUGGCCGCGUGACUGCCCAGCUCCCCUCACGGAACAGCAGGGCCUUCGGCUCCAAGCCCGCCGCCCAGUCACUCGUCGUUUUCCACCUCGGGGUACGCUUCAACCACCCGCUCGGCCUGCUCAGCCCGGGCGCCAAGGAGAUCGGUGACUAUUUCACAGCCAUGACGAAGGCACUCAGCAAGAAGAGAGAAGAGUUCGGCAUGCUUCACGUCACCAACUGGCGAGCAACCGACCGCGAGACCAAUAACACGCUCAUGAUAAUCGCCUACUUCCGGGACAUCGACGCCCUCAACAAGUUUGCGCAUGACAAGGUCCACCGUGACGGAUGGGACUGGUACCACCAGUUUGCCAAGAAGGAGGGGAAUUCGCACAUCGGGAUCUUUCACGAGACGUUCGUCACGCGCCCUGGAGACUACGAGACCAUCUACGUCGACUGCCCGCCGACCCUGUUAGGCGCUUCGAAUAUUAAGAUCAAUCCUGGCGACGAAAAGGAGUCGAAGGGAGAGGAGACGUGGUCCCGAGCGCUGGUCAGCGCUGACCACUCUGCGCUACGCAGUCAGUCGAAGCGCAUGGGCAUGACUCUCGCUCUGGAAGGCGAUGUGGACAUGUACUGA